AUGUGUGUCGGGGUAUUCCUUCACUCGGCUGAAACGAUAUCAAUAUCUGACCUUAACAUCAUUAAAGAACUGAUCUCACGCCUCCCCGAAAAUUCUACGGAAAAAGUUGCCUACCAAGGCAGAGAUGCGAACGUUUGUCGUCAGACACGGGCCACUUCGACGACUGUGCUCCUACCGAAACAGCUGCAUCACUCUUGCCUCCAUUUUGUAGGCCGAAUAGAGGAACUCCUGUGUGAAGUGGAAGAUGUUUCUGCCGCGGAAAGACUUCAACAUCUUUGUCUCAGCGGAGAAACAAAGAAGCUGGUGGUGGCUGUAAAACAAUGCCUCCGUUCCCAUUUUUCGGCCUUGCGCAAAGGAAAGUCGUCCCUAUCCCAUUUCGGUGUGCACGAUGAUGGUCUCCCUCGUGUCUGCGAGAUGCUCCGCCUGCCUCUGGCCAAUCUGGGCAAGAAAUUGUCGAGCAUUCACCACGACUCCCGGACUUGCAGUGCGGUGCUGUUCGCCCUCAGCUGUUGGCGUAUUGCCACAAGCACGCUGGCUCUCAUCCUCGAGAGUUCGGUGGACUACGACCGACUUGCCGCCUUUCGAACCCUCCCCGACGAGGAGUGCACCAAUGUUGCCAAGGCUUGGCGUGUUGUGGACACCGCCUACGAUCUUUUACAAAAGUGUUGGGAGGUUAUUGAUCUUGAAAUGUCUGUGACGAAACACGGAGUUCUCAGUGAGAAACACACUCUUGAGUCACUUUGUUCUUGGGGCAUUUUCACAUUUAAACCGUCUGAAGAGGUGUCCUGCGGUCUGUCGUUUGGCCAGGUGUGCAGAACGCUGCGCCUUGUCGUCGAUUCGUUGGCCUGGAGGCUGCAGGCGACGGGCGUUCUCGGCCUUCCAACUCCCGAAAUAUCGCUGGAAUUCAGUGCAUUCGUCCACGAAGCCUUGGACAGAUUUAAUCAAUACUCACGGCACUCCCUGUCUAUUCCAGAAUUGAAUCUCGCUUCCCUAUUCACCUCUUGCACCCGAAACUGGCUGUUCAUCGCGCACUUUGUGACCUUGACAAUCCAGACAUCGACCCGAGGUAAGCACGGUAGUUCGGAACUCCUUUUUUUGACAAAUCCAAGUGUGCUCAAUUUGCGCAGUUUUAAGAAACCUAGCACGGCAAGUGCUCUUCUCUCGUGUUUGGAAUCCCAGAAUUCCUCCCACGUUCUCGCCUGUGCACGCGGUCACGGCUACGCCUCUCCCAGCCUCCAAGUGCUGCACCUCAUCCACGACCUUCUCCCUCUUAUUUCCAACUCAGGCUCAUCAGGCCCCCUCCCCUGCACCUCUCCUACCACCUCGUUGGGGCUGCGAUUCAUUCGAAACGUCACAGUUGCCGUCGCGCGCGUGUUGCAACAGCUCUCCAACGGCUAUCAACGUUUUCUCGACGCGACAGGGAAAGCGGAAGUUGGCGACGCCGUGUAUCCCGUUCUCCAAGGUUCUCCAUCCUCCGUGGUGUCAGCACCACCGGAGCCAGUGACCCAGCCAGUGUCGACGGAGGAGGAACGCGAGGACGGGGGGCAGAGUGAGACCACCGAGCGUUGUGCUCGGGAGGCGUCAAUGGAAGCGGCCAGCGGACGUCCCGCCUGGCCCACCGGUGGCUGUGCCAGGAUGGGCGAGGUGCUGGCACAAGCCGUGCACUGCCUCUGUGGUCUGCCCAUGCGCUCCACAUCUGGGGACAGUAGUGGCCUCAACAGCUCCUCCACACUCUCCUCACCCCUGAGUUCUUCGCGAUUCAAGCAACUAGUACCACCACCUCGGCCAUCGCAAACGCAAGGUCGCAGCGAGGAGGAGGAGGAGGUUGAAGCCCCGGCAUUUGCCGCUCUGAGUGCAACGAGCACCGAGAUGCCAGCCUCCUGUGUGCUGCCGUCGUCUCCGCUCUGGCUGACCGAUAGCUCGCUUUUCUACCACACCGUGGACGAGCACAGAGCAACCCCGGGCGGCGGUGGCGGUGGCGGCGGACCAUCGACGAACGCGGGUGUGUGGUGGUCCGGUAGUAGUGGUCGUGCGCCAUCUGAGCUCGAUUGGCAAAUCAUCGAAGUAGCCUUUGUUUUCUACCGCCCGACACAACUGCCAGAAUACGACAGCAUGAAAUCCCUUUCCAUCUCUUCGGAGGUAUUUCUUUUUGUGAUCGAAAAAUUCCACGAUUUUUUUUUAAUUUUCGACCUGGAACGAGGUGCCAUGUAUCCAAGUUCCGUAGUGGUUCUCACAAAAACGGCUUUUAUGACGACUGCUGUGAACACUGCUUUGGGCGCCCUUCUCGCAAACUGGCUAUCGGAGGCGGUGAAAUUGUUGCCAAGGGCCUACGAAGAAUUCAUGAUCCCGGAAGAGCGGAUUGACAUGUGCAUGACGGCGCGCGCCCCCAUCCCCAAGCAAGUCCACUACCUCAGACUUGCGGCGCGGUACUACAAGCAGGACCUGCGAGUCGCGCCUCACCACGCCGACAGCUGGGCGGCCCUGGCGCUUAUCUACAGCAGUCAGUUGGAGCAAAUUCUCAAUGUGAUCGACCCCAAGACGGAGCGUGUCACGGCGCGGUCGGUGACAGCCUGCCUGCGCUGCUUCGAGUUGGCCCUCGAACUUCAACCGCGCUUCAUCACCCUCCUCACGGAGCGCGGCUGCCUCGCCUACCAGUUGCACUCCUACGCCGCCAGAAUCAUCAAAAAGGCAAGCCGCUCGGCAAGUCGGUCGUUCCAGGAGACGCAUCUGCACCUCUGCCAGCAGUGGCACAAGAAGAUGCUGAGUCUGGCCUACCGCUCCUACUUGCGGGCACUGCGUUUGGAGCGCAAGGAAGCCGACGCCGCCACGUCGCCAACGGCACAGCACGAGUGUCCCGCCGAGGCGCCUUCGUCCUCCGACGCCGAAGACAACUCCUCCGCGUCGGCGUCGUCCCAGCGGCCGCCUGUGCUGGACGAGGAGUGGCUCUACCACUACAUGCUCACCAAGUGCGAGGAGAAAGCCGGCCCGGGCGGAUUAAACCGCGCGCUUCGAUCCAAGGAGCUCAGGGCACAGGGUGAAACCUACCUUGAAUGGGUGCUGCGCGUGAUCGGCAACUACCAGAAGACCGCGGAUGUGCUUCGCGCCGCGGGCGCCAAGUACCCGAAGAAGAUUGUCGUCUACAACAAGCUGCCCUAUCUGGCUGUCGAGGCAAUUGAGGUGUUUUACCGAACGCACGCCUUCACGCUGAAGGUCCUCCUGAAGGAGGGCGAGCCGCGACCCUCCUCGCCCUGUCGGCUGCCCCUGCAGCAGAUUUCUGAGGCUCUCGCAAGCCUCAGUCAGUCGGCGUUUGUCGUGGAGCCCACCAGAGUCGCAACGAAGAUUCGUUGUCGGAAGCGGCCUUCUUUGAUGCCUGACUCCAACGUAAAGGCAUCCAAACCGGACGCUGUUUGUGGAGCCGACGGCCCUGUUGACGCAUCCAUCGAAGUCGCUCCACCUCCACCGAUUCCGUCAUCUCCGAUGCCGCGCGAUUCUGAAGUCGCCCUCGAUUUCGCUCCCAGCACCCCCGCGCCUGCUGCGUCCACUACGCCGCUCUCCGAUGCCGAUCUCUGGCGGAGCUGUGUGGAAUACUGUCGGGAGGCGUUGGAACUGGUUCUGCGUCGCCUGCCUCUUCACUACAAGUCAAUGUACCGUCUGGCACACCUCUACCUGACUCUCCCUUCGAUGCUGGACCUGGACAAGGCGAUGGCCAUCCUGAUGGGGCCUUUCGAUCACGUGACCAAGGUGGACUACGGCGGGCUGUUCAAAGAUCGUCGCCAGAGCAAUUUCUUCCACGCAACAGCCGAGUUGCCUUUCGUUGGGCCUAACAACGUCGUCUUCCUUUUUUCCCCUCAGGGCGUGUGGCGGAUUCCGACGGCGGAUAUCGAUCGCAGCGGGAACUUCGCCGCUCACAUGUACCGUUCCACGCUGAUGGUGCUGGAAGUGCUCAGCAGACGCGGUGAUUGGAUGCGAAUGCUGCAAGUGUUCCAUCAACUUCGCAAACAGCCACCCGAUGACAAGUAUAUUUCCUUAUUAUGUUAUUCGGCUUUGUCGUUGCAAUGUCGACUGCCCAUCUGCAAACACCAGAGACCCCUUGCGUUGUGUUCCGCCUGUGCCCUUGAAGGUGGACACGAAAGCGGGACAUACGUUAAACCGAAGUCUAAACAAAAUUUACUGCCGCCAUUAAUGCUUUGUACCAAAAUCCCCUCUGUUGUGCCGCCAAACGUGUGUAUUGCGGGAGCCCGUUUGGUGCGGGGCUUUCUCAGCGAGGGCGACCGUGUGUUCCUGGCGCGCCGAGCCUUCAGCCUGAUCCACCCCACCCUGCGUCUGUGGCUGGCCAGGCAGAAGGCUCAGCAGGCGAGCGAAACCAGCGCCGUAACUCUAGACAUCCUGCAGCAAAUCUACCGCCUGUACUCGUUCGCGCAGUCGCGCUCGGCUGCGAGCGCCUCGUCGGGCAAGGAGAUGGACGAGGGUGGCACCUCGGAUGCCUCGUGCUUUGCUGAACUGCUGGCCCAAGCCUACGAGCUCUGCCCGCCCGCAUGGGUGAGUUCUGGCCGCCCAAGUAUUGUUCCCCCGGGGGUUGACAGCUGCACUGUUCGAUGA